UCUGGAAGGUGAGGAAGCUGAGGUCGGUGGCCGCCGGGGCCGCAGCUAUGGUCGUUGCGGCGAGGUGUCCUCCCUCCUCAUCAGUGACCUCGCCCUUCGUCUCACCAUGAACGACUCCCUCUACAUCGUCCUGGAGCUGCUGAUCGCCCUGUUCUCCGUGCUGGGCAACGUGCUGGUCUGCUGGGCCGUGUGCCUCAACAGCAACCUGCAGAGCAUCACCAACUUCUUCGUGGUGUCGCUGGCCGUGGCUGACAUCGCCGUCGGCGUCCUCGCCAUUCCCUUCUCCAUCGCCAUCAGCACCGGCUUCUGCUCCAACUUCUAUGGCUGCCUGUUCAUCGCCUGCUUCGUGCUGGUGCUCACACAGAGCUCCAUCUUCAGCCUGCUGGCCAUCGCUAUCGACCGCUACAUCGCCAUCAAGAUACCGCUGAGGUACAACGGCUUGGUGACUGGUCAGCGCGCUCAAGGCAUCAUUGCCAUCUGCUGGGUUUUAUCCAUCGGCAUCGGCCUGACCCCCAUGAUGGGCUGGCACAAGCUGCCCCGGAGCGCCAACAUCACCUGCCUGCCCGGCCUGAUGGAGUGCCUGUUCGAGGAGGUGGUGGCCAUGGAGUAUAUGGUCUACUUCAACUUCCUUGCCUGUGUGCUGAUCCCCCUGCUGCUGAUGUUGGCCAUCUACUUGUGCAUCUUCAUGGCCGCUCGCCACCAGCUCAAGCUGAUGGAGGUGAAGGCGGUUCACGGGGAGAAGUCGCGCUCCACGCUGCAGAAGGAGGUCCAGGCCGCCAAGUCUCUGGCCAUCAUCGUGGGGCUGUUUGCGGUCUGCUGGCUGCCCCUGCACAUCAUCAACUGCUUCACCCUCUUCUGUCCCGAGUGCGAGCGGGCUCCGUCCUGGAUCAUGUACGUGGCCAUCAUCCUCUCCCACGCCAACUCUGUGGUCAACCCCUUCAUCUACGCCUACCGCAUACGGGAGUUCCGACAAACCUUCCGCAAGAUCAUCCGGCGACACGUCCUGCGCAGGCGGGAGCCGAUGGGGAGAGGAGGAUGCUGCUGCGGCGGCAGCAGCAAGCGCGGCUCCAUCCGACUGAAGCCCAGCCGCUUGAGCGUUGACCUUUUGACCGAGCACAGCGGCGGCAGCAGCAGCGGCAGCAGCUGCGAAAGCUCCCAACGCUGCCCGACUGGGGCGUCUCCCGUAGGGAGCGCGGCGGCGGCGGUAUCCCGCCCCCCUCUGUCAGUCAUCAUCUCCCACUGUUCUAAAAUAGGCCAUUGUCGACUGCGAGCCCUCAGACCGUUACAGAUCCCCGCGGGCCGGCACGCGCGGGACCCCGAGCGGCGAGGCGACCCCGCCGGACCGGAGGCCGCGGAGGACGGGGACAAACGGAGCCUCGGCUCGAGGACGAGCUGCUUCGGCGAGCUGGCCAAGGUGUUGUGACGUAGAUUGAACGCGCCAGCGCGGGCUCCUGAUUCCGCGAUGCAGGUGGGAGCGCUGAAAACGGUUGAUGGACGGCGAGGGUCACCGGCCUGACUGAGAUCUCCUCGCCACGAAAAAAUAAAAAAAAACUCCGAUAUUUCAUCACAGUGGCUUGUUGAUUCACAGCAGACUAAAAGUCUGACGUUGUUUUGCUUCGUUUCACCCCACAUGACCACGAGUCGACUGAGUGACACUUUUUCGCACGGCACGGAAGGGCUUUCAACAGACAAGAUUAGGAAAGUGCUUUGGCUUUUGAUGGGACACCAUUUACCCUCAAUCUCUUUAAACCCAGGUUCCAGUCAUACACCAUAAUAUCCAUGUAAAUAUCGUCCCUCCAUAUGUGGUCCGAAUGGCCUUUUGGCUGAAGAUGAAAGACUUAUUUAAUAAAUUAUUGGUAUAUUUUUUUAUUUUUCAGUGAAGUGUAGUGUGUAAACAAACCCCCUCUGAUGUAUUCCGCCCCUACGUCAUCCGUCACCGUGAGCACAGGGUCGUUUCUCAUGCAGUGCUGCACGAGUCCACCCCGAGGAGCCCAAACUGGGUCACCGGCCCGCUCAGCGGAGUUCCCUCUCAUUCGUUUAAAGUGGGAACGUUCUCACAUUCGGCCCAUUCGCUCCUCUCACACUUUCAUCCAGCUUCAUGGCAUAAAAGGAACAAUAUCUAACAAAAAAAGACAAGUACUUUCACCAGUGACGGAUUGACCGGAGACGGAUGUCCCUCCCCAACGUUGAUAAUGCAAUGCUGAAAUGUAAACUUGUGUCUUUUGUUCGGUGUGACUUGUUUAAAUUAUAUUCAUAUAAAUGUUGACGUCUGUGA